AUGUUGGUGUUGAAGCAGAAACUGGUCGCCCACUUCGUGGCUCAUCUUCAAGGUCCGUCUUCCCCUCCAGGAAGAGCUUUAGCUACUUCCGGAUCGUCUCGUAAGCUGGACAGUGUUGUCCCAAAGCCAUCGACGUCAGUUGAUGGAUCUGUCGGUGUGUCGCUGAGCAGAACAUGGAACUCGAUGAUGACUCGAAUGCGAUGUUACGAGAAUGAUUCUUGGACGACGGAGGCGUUCAUACAUGGAAGAGUGCAGGUGCUGUGGUCAAACUGCUGUAGUGAAGAUCCACUCUUGUCUUCAAUUGCAUCGAACCUUCUUGUUGAAAGCGUCAAGGCAGGAAUCCUUCAGUACUCUUAUGUCCUCAAUGGCUUCCUCUUCCGCAUCAAGAACUCCAAGAACAAUCGACAUGCCCUGAAUGGAUUUAUGCAAUUGCUCACCCUCCCUGGUUGCAUGGAAUUAAUGGGCUCUCAUGGUCCCACUUCUCAUCCAUUGGUUAUUGUUUUGAGAAACUCCCCAUCACUUGCCAAUCCCAUUCUGGGUCACAUCAAGGACCUCCUUCAAACAUCUCUGACCUGUUUGAGGUUGCUGGAGCCAUUUCUGCUUCAUGUGCUCUGUGAUCCGGAACCUGUGAUGGAACUGCAAGUCCUGAAGACCCAUCUUGUGAUGCCCAUGCUCCAUUCAGCAUCCUCAAACCCCAGGCUCAAGAUGCUUCUUCUUCAUAGCCUCAAGUGGCAACAGACAAUGCAAGGAAGCCUGGAAUCAACCAUGGAUUUCCUUCAGCUCAUGUCCCAAUGGUGUGUAGAAGAAGAUGAGGAGUGGAAUGAGCGACUCUACCCCCUCCAGGUCAUCCUUUCCCUGAGGGCAUUGAAAAGUGGAUUUGACCCUUCACAAUUCCUCCAGACCAUGCUAAGGAACCUCCAAUUCUUGAGGCCUGGGAAGGAGGUGGAGGUGACAUACCUCCUGAUGGCUGAGUUCCUCCACUGUGCCCCACCCAGCCUUACUGCACGAAUCCUUCUUAUCUGUCGAACGAUGCUAAUGCAGGGAAAGAUCUCUGGGGCAGUGGCAUGCUCCAUCAUCCCCUCCUUGCUCCAACUCAUAUCUACCACUUCUCCCUUUCUUUCGGAAGAACAAAUCCUUGCCCGGGACCUUAUUGCUCACUUGGGGAUGCUUCAGACCUGUCCAAUCGCAACUCAUGUGCUGUUGUUGGAUGACUGGAUGCUCUUUGAUCCCCUUUACACCCAAGCUGUUCAUGCUCUUCACCUGUUGUGCCACUACAAGUCUGCCUUGUCGCUAAAGGAUGCAUUGGGAAAUCCUUUUAUUCCCUUAUUGCUUGGAGGGUGGGUUCACUUUGAAGGGGCAUUGGCAGGUGAAGAUGCCUGGAAAGUCCUUGUUGAGGCAGGGAAAUUGGAUCCCAAGCGUGCUCUUGACCUCCUCCCAUUGCUCCUCUAUCAUCUCAGCAAGGAGGGGCAGCCCCAGCUGCGCCUUUGCAUUCUUCUUCUCCUCCCUUCCCUUGCUGUUCACAAGGCAUGUGUGGGUCCAGUUCUACAAGUGAUCCAGGGCUUGUGGAGGACCAAAAGCCUUCAGCCAAUUGCCUUUAAGCUUUUUCAUUCCUUGUGGAAAGUGGAAAACCGAUGCUAUCCUUACCUGGAGAAGGCACUCUUGGAGGAGGCAUCUGGAUCCUCUCUCACAGCUGGAAUUAGCGAGUUCCUCCUCUCCAAAGUUAUUGUCAUCAGAGACAUCUGCUUAACUGAGCCCAGCAGGCAUGGAUCGGUUUUGGUAGCCCCAUUGUCACAGAUCAUCAAUUUGAGCAACAGUGUGGAGAUGGCUGGGGUAGCAGGGCUGGCCUUGGAUGCAGUUUCCCACCUUUGUCGCCAGGAGGUAAUUGACAUCCGCACCACCUGGAAGAUCCUUGCCUCCAAGCUGACCAAGGACUCUCGUCCUCUUGUCACCACCAAGCUGAUUGAGAUGCUGUCUCUGGUUCCGGAAUUGCAUGUCCCAAGUCCUGAGUUCCAGAGGUUUACUGAGAAUAUCCUUGCUGUGCUCUGGAGGUAUACUGGGAGUCCUGACCCAUCCAUCACUGAAGCUGCUUUCAGGGCACUCAGCCACUUCAAGCUAGGGAUGUUCAAUCUGAGUAGCAUACCUGAAGUAGGAAAAGAAAACCUGGAGGCUCACAAAGCAGCUGCAGCCACACCAUUUGAAGCAGCCAAACAACCUGAGGAUCUCCUAGACUUUGUUCCAGGGGAAUGUUUUGUGAAGCUCCUGAGGCAUCCACAAGAAGAAUCUGGAAUACAAGCAUAUGGUACACUUUUGUCUUCUCUGGUUAAAGAAGAGAUAUCAGCUCUACCACAGAGUGUGUACUACGUUGCAAUGCAGAAGGCACACGAGCGAUGCUCCCCAACCAAUCCCUCUGGGGAACCAUUGUCCUAUUCCUUCCUCACUGAUCGCAGCAUCCUCAAGGCCAUCAUAAAUCAUCUGAGACGACAAUGCAACAUGAGUGCAAUGGAACCUGGUGUGGAAGUGUGCCUGGAGGCCCUGAGCCAGGACUUCCCACGUCCUCUACCCCCUUUGUCCUGGUAUGACCUCCUCGUGCCCCUUACCCAGCAUUCAAUUUCCCUUCUCAAGGCUUCCCUCAUCAUUGCUAUUCGACAGUCCCUUGCCUCUGCUUCUGCCAAGCUCUUCCUCCAUGCUUGGAUCUCUCCCUCUCCACCCCAAGCUCUUACAAUAGAUGUGUCUGAGGUCCUGUUCUCUCUGUUGGGCAAGAUUGGAUCAGUGAUUCCUCCAGCAGAUUUUCAACCUUUUGUCAUGAGUCAGCUUCAGGGCAUGAGAGACAUGACCAUUCUUCUGCAACAUGUGCCUGCAGCCCUUCGAGACACUUCCCUUCAUGAAAACAAUAGAACAAUACUAGGGAAUGCAAUUGAAAGUAUUGCUGAAAAGAUUGAUCUUGGAAAUCAAACUCAGCUGAAUGCAUUCCUUGAGAGUGCGACAGAGCUCCCUGCUGUCCAUUUUGAGCGUCUCACAAGCCCAACGAGCUGGUGGGAAGUGACAGGUCCCAAACUCCUUAUGGCAUCCCGAAUCUGUGCUCAUGCAACCCUUAAGUCUGCCACCUCAAAUUCGGACACAAAUCCACUCAUCUGGAUCAAUGGGAUCAUCGACGCCACUGCCAAUCAUCCAUUGUGUGUCUGGUUACUCUGUGAAGAUAGAGCUUUUGUCAAUCCAUUUCGUGGAGGAUGGCAGCAGAAGGAAGUGUGGAAGAUAUUGAAGGCUGGGAUGGAAGGAGUGAAGAAGGCCAGGGAACAGGCUGACUGGAUCCGAGAACUCAUGGGCCGCAUCUCCACUCUCUCGACUGCCUUUCAGUCUCUGGAACAGGAGCCCUUCAUUGUCAUCCAAGUUAUUGGCUUCUACAUGGAGAUCCUGGCAAAUGCCCUGCUGACAUUUGCUCACUGGCCAAUCCCAGAGAGCGUUGAGGAUCGCUUUCUUCUUUGCCCUGCUGCCCUGGCCAUUCUCUUGGAAUCCCACGCAUGGAGAGACUCAAUCUCUGCAAUUACUGGUUGGGUGCUGCAAAUGAUGGAUUCUUGCCAUGUGUCCCAAGCACAGAAAACAGGAUUGAUGCGCAUGCUUCUUGUAUCCAGGCAUGGAUCUCACUUCUGCAAGACUUCUGUUUGGAACAAAGCUGUUCCCUUGCUCUCGGAAUAAAUUAUUUCAUUUACUGUGCACA